GAGAGAGAGAGAGAGAGAAAGCGCUGGGAAAACAGAAUAAGCUGUUAACAGGGAUCAUAUAUUUAUUAACCUCUACAACAACAACAACAAGAAGUAUAUCAGAGCCAUCCUACUCGGAGCACAAGCUACUCCAUGAGCUCAGGAUAUCUGCUGAAAGACUUUCUGUGUUCUGUCCCAUCGGUGGAUGUUACUGUGAUUAGUUUUUCCUUCAUGUGAGUGUUUUCUUGCUCUGUUUCUUACUGACUUUUCCCAAAAGCUCAUCAUUCCACAUACCCGGACUGAUCAAGUGGCUGAUGGUUCCCUCAAGUUGUCGGUACUGUUGGUGGCUCUUCCACACGAGUGAGGACAACUUUCAGCUCCUUGUCCCUGUAUGAGAAGGACUACUUGGCACAGCUGGAGAAAAGGGAUAACCGACCGUGCAAAAAAAAAAAGACUCAAACUUUAUCCUGUGUUUUUUUUUGGCAUUAUUAAUAAUAAGAGCUUCACCUGAAGGACUGGAACAGCAAGACUCAGGACAAGCAAGCUCUGAAGUUCUGAAGGGUCGAGUUCCUAUUCGUGCAUUUGACCCGAGUGAAGUUGUCAACAAGAGGAGCGAGGAGACGACCUGGCAGGUGGACAACUGAGUUUCCACGUGUGGUGCCUGUCUAGUCCUUCUGCUAUAAAUAGAAGACGGUAGAAAUCUACGCGUUAAAACCAGAAGAACAGCAGCGUCUUUACGGGACAGGGCAGAACAUCUCAGGACAGGACAGGGCAGGACAGGGCCUCUCACUCCCACUCGCUUUGGCUCUGAGGCUGCACGUGUCCUCGCAUGGACUGACAUGGCCACGGACCUCGCCAUGAGCGCCGACCUCCCCAACAGCCCCCUGGCCAUCGAGUACGUGAAUGAUUUCGACCUCAUGAAGUUUGAGGUUAAAAAGGAGCCCCCCGAGGCCGAGCGUUACUGCCACCGCUUACCCCCAGGUUCCUUGUCCUCCACGCCGAUCAGCACGCCGUGCUCGUCCGUGCCUUCCUCGCCGAGCUUCUGCGCACCGAGUCCCGGCGCACAGCCCGUCCAGAACCUCGGAGUAAACAACAACAACAACAACAGCAGCAGCAGCAGCAUCAGCAACGGUGGAAACAACAGCGGUAACAGUACUCAAGGCGCCUCGGGCAAACCCCAGCUGGAGGACUUCUACUGGAUCCCUAACUACCAGCACCACAUCAGCCCGGAGGCGUUGAACUUGACCCCCGAGGACGCGGUCGAGGCGCUGAUUGGCAACGCGCACCAUCACCACCAUCACCACCACCACCAGCCCUACGACACGUUCCGGGGCCAGCAGUACGUCGGCGAGGACCUGACGACCUCCACGAACGGCUACCACCACGCGGCGCACGCGCACCACGCGCACCACCACCACGGCCACCACGGCCACCACGCGCACGCGCGCCUCGAGGACCGCUUCUCGGACGAGCAGCUCGUCAGCAUGACCGUGCGCGAGCUGAACCGGCAGCUGCGCGGCUUCAGCAAGGAGGAGGUUAUCCGCCUGAAGCAGAAGCGGCGCACGCUGAAGAACCGCGGCUACGCGCAGUCGUGCCGCUACAAGCGCGUCCAGCAGCGGCACAUGCUCGAGUCGGAAAAGUGCACGCUGCAGAACCAGGUGGAGCAGCUCAAGCAGGACGUGGCGCGUCUGGCCAAGGAGAGGGACAUGUACAAAGAAAAGUACGAGAAGCUCGCAGGCCGGACCUUCAACAGCGGCGGCGGCGGCGGCAGCAACUCCAACCGGGACCCGUCGAACGGCAGUCACGGGAAAACCUCAACAGCGGAUUUCUUUAUGUGAGAACUGUUUCAGCUCCUUUUUUUUGUUUGUUUUUGUUUUUGUUUUGUUUUAUCCCGCACAAACUGAUUAAUUUUUAAUUUUUAAUUUAAUUUCAUUUUUUUUUACUUUCGUUUUUAUGAGUGUGAAAUUUAUUUGAUUUUUAUUUAGGUAACAGUUCCUGCACAGCAAAAUCCCAGAUGCUGAAU